AUGAGUUCCGAGGUAGCAGCGCUCGAAGGUGAAAUUCGAGAGUAUGAACUACAGCUAGAGACCGUGGUCCUUGGGCUGCAGAACGAUCCAGAGAAUGAAGAGCUGAAGGCUCUCCAGCUUGAACUUGACCAAGUGAUUUCGCUCACCAGAUCAGCUAUCGCAGAGCUAAAGCCAGCUACAGCGCCAGUCCAACCCAAACAGUCCUCGCCACAGCCCCAGAAAUGGGACAAAUCCCAACACCCUGCGUUUCAGGCAGGCUACCGAAAGAUCGAAGCCGAGCCGGCAACUGAGGAAUCACAAACACCGGUGGCGUUCAAGGUCAACGACACGGUGUUAGCAAGGUGGAAGACAGGAGAUGGCGCCUUCUACCCAGCCAGGAUCACAUCCAUCACGGGCUCUUCGAGCAAGCCUGUGUAUAUCGUCACUUUCAAAAACUAUUCCACCACCGAAACCCUAGAGGGCAAAGAUCUUAAACUUAUAGCCGAUUCCAAGAAGCGCAAGGUUGAUGUAUCUCCGCCGCCGAAUCCCAAUGUCAUCUCCGCCGCAGCAAAUGUCAACCCAGCACUGGCCAGUCAGGCGAGGCAAGAGCCAAGCAAGGUCAGUGAUGGGCCGCCUCGGCCUGCCAAACUCCCGCGAAAAGUGAAAGCCGGCAAGGAAUUAGAGGCCGGUAAAGCGAAAUGGCAUGAUUUUGCAACCAAAGGGAAAGUGGGCAAAGUUGCGAAGAAGGAAAGCAUGUUCAGAACACCCGAGGGGGUCAAUGCCAGAGUGGGCUUUACAGGUUCGGGACAGCAGAUGCGCAAGGACCCGGCAAGGUCUCGACACAUCUACAAUCAAUCUAAUGACGAGGAGGCUUGA